CACUUCCUUGUUACCUCCGGUGAAUACAGAACCUUUUGUUCAUCUGGUCGGCUGAUUCCAGUGGCGAGGCAGAGUUGGCUGCCAUUUGAUUCUGAGUUCUUUCAUUUUCUCAAUCUCUUUCAGUUGAAAAGAUCCGGUUACCUUUCUUUCAGGUUAUUUUGUGCUCACAUUUUUGCAGCACCACAAAUCAGCCUGUCAAAGAAAUUGGAGUUCUUCCGAGGCCAUCUCUUGUUUGUCUCCUAUCCCGCCUUGUUAUUUGAGACGGACGUUUGCUGGUUUUGAUUGGCUUACCUGUGAAUAAAUAGUGUUGCUCACAUUGGAGAGGAAAGAAGGAAAGGUGACUUGAAGAUGGCUCACUCUUUACUUGAUGAGCAUGAAACAGAGUUGGCCAUUGCAAUGUCUUCAUACUCUGUAAUUCAGGAGAAGGAAAAAUCAUCAGUUCACAGGGUUAAGGUUCCUCCUAGAAAAAAUGUAAUCGAGGAGGUUAGGACGACACUUAGGGAAAUAUUCUUUGCAGAUGACCCACUGCGCAGCUUUAGAGGUCGGUCCAGAACCAAGAAGAUCGCCCUUGGUUUUCAGGCAAUGUUUCCAAUUCUAGAAUGGGGAAGCCAAUACAAUUACAAAAAAUUCGUUUGUGAUCUUAUUGCUGGUCUAACCAUUGCUAGUCUGGCUAUUCCACAGGACAUUGCAUAUUCAAAUUUGGCACAUUUGAAUCCCCAAUAUGGAUUGUACACCAGCUCAAUACCACCAUUUGUUUACGCUGUUUUGGGGAGCUCCAGAGAUAUCGCCAUUGGACCAGUGGCGGUUGUAUCGCUUUUGAUGGGUUCUUUGCUCGAGAAGGAGAUUGAUCCUAAAGCUAACCCAAUAGAAUACCGUCGCCUUGCCUUCACUGCCACAUUCUUUGCUGGUUUAACUCAAGUAGCACUUGGGUUCUUUAGGUUGGGUUUCCUAGUCGAUUUCUUGUCCCAUGCUGCGAUUGUGGGGUUCAUGGCUGGUGCAGCAGUCACUAUUGCCCUACAACAGCUAAGAGGUUUACUCGGCAUCGAGGAUUUCACCAGAGAGACAGAUAUCGUUUCUGUAAUGAAAUCUGCAUCAGGUUCAGCUCAUCAUGGGUGGAACUGGCAGACCAUCGUCAUCGGCAUAUGCUUCCUAUUCUUCCUUUUAGUAACUAAACAGAUUGGAAGGAGGAACAAACGUCUUUUCUGGGUAGCUGCAGUUGCACCUAUGACCUCAGUGGCUUUGUCCACUAUCUUUGUUUACAUAACACGAGCAGACAAGCAUGGCGUCCGAAUUGUGGGGAAGAUACCGAAGGGGAUAAACAAACUAUCAGCUAAUCAAAUUUAUUAUAGUGGAGGAUAUGCAGCCAAAGGAUUCAAGAUUGGUGCCAUAGCAGCUUUUGUAGCACUUACGGAAGCACUAGUAAUAGGGAGAACAUUUGCUGCAAUCAAGGACUAUAAUAUAGAUGGCAACAAAGAAAUGAUGGCACUUGGGAUAAUGAAUAUUGCAGGUUCAUUUGCUUCCGGCUACAUUGCAACAGGUUCCUUUUCUCGCACUUCAGUCAACAACAUGGCUGGCUGUCGGACAGCCGUAUCAAACAUGGUGCUAUCUACAGUAGUAUUGUUAACAUUGGAGCUGAUCACACCCCUCUUCCAUUAUACCCCAAAUGCAAUUUUGGCAGCUAUCAUUACAUCCGCUGUUGUCGGACUGGUUGAUUUUCAUGCAGCAUGGAUCAUUUGGAAAAUUGACAAAAUGGAUUUCAUCGCAUGCUUGGGAGCAUUCCUUGGCGUUCUCUUUGUGUCUGUUGAAAUAGGCCUCCUAAUUGCAGUCUCAAUCUCGCUUGCAAGAAUUAUUCUUCAUGUCAUGCGCCCACACACAGCCCUACUUGGGAAUAUCCCUGGAACAUCUUUGUAUAGGAACAUGGAGCAGUAUCCAGAAGCACUCACAGUUCCUGGUGUCCUAAUCACUACAAUAGAUUCAGCUAUGUACUUCUCUAACUCAAAUUAUGUCCGAGAGAGGAUAUUAGGAUGCUUAUCUGAUGAACAAGAGAAAGCGAAGGAGAUGGGCCAAGCAAAGAUCCAAUUCUUGGUUAUAGAGAUGUCAGCUGUUUCUGACGUUGAUACAAGUGCCAUCCAUGCUUUGGAAGAACUGCACAGGACCCUGAAGAAACGAGAAGUUCAGCUCGUACUUGCCAAUCCUGGGCAAAAAGUGAUUUACAAAUUUGAUGAAUCCAAGUUGAACGAGAUGAUUGGUAACGACAAUAUGUUCCUUAGUGUCGCAGAAGCCGUGCGAACCUGUUCAUCAAAGGCAAAGUAUGAGAUUUAGUUCACGGAAGAUGCAUGCUGUGAUGGUGCUUGACAUGGGUUUGCCACUCGGAUGCGGAAGUUCUUGCUAUUCAGCAUAGGUCUAGCGAGUUAAACCAGUUCGGCCAGGUCUCUCACCCCCUGGGUGACUCCUGUAUUCUCCAAAAAGUGAAUAAAUAAAUAAGAUGUCUACCUACGUUUAUGUUUUGUCAGUUGAAUAUGUCAAACGUUCUCCUCAACAAGAAUGAAAGAAUGUCAGGCGUUUUAUGGAA